AUGCAAUGGCUUUGCGGGACUGUUGGUAGUGAAGAAAACAAACAUCAUCUUGAGGAGAUAAAUUCUGAUCUAUCUGAUCUUAUUGGUCAAGCUGUAGAUAAUAAAGAAAGUGAGAUUGAUGAUGAUGACGACAAUAAUAAAAUGAUAGAAAAUGACAAACAAGAAUACUGUGCUGAAUAG